AUGGAUAGCAUGAGUGAGGCAUUUGAUCAAAUGCAAAUGGUCAAGGAUGUUCUAGCCAACAGUGAUAAAGUUUCAGAGGUCCUACAAGAGUCUACUCAUCAGUUCAACCUGCUUACUUCACCCACCUUCCUACCAAAGGUCAAGGAUCAAGGGAAAUUCACUCUCCCUUGCACACUUGGGCAUCUUGAGAUUGACAAUGCCUUAGUGGAUUCUGGAGCAAGCAUCAAUCUGAUCUCUCUCUCCAUGGCAGAGAAGCUAGGCAUUGCUGGAGCCUUGCAGCGCCCUACUACUUCAAUCAUGUUUGGAGAUGCAACUUCUAAGUCUCCUCUUGGAGUGUUCAAGAACUAUCACUUGAAAAUUGGAGAAUGCAUCAUCCAAACUGAUCUCACUGUGAUGGAAAUGGAAGAAGAGAAGGAUUUGCCUCUGUUAUUGGGAACCCCUUUCCUUAGUACAGUUGGCGCUUCAAUAGACUUUCACAAGCAAGAAGUGAUCCUUCACAAGGUGAAUAGUUUGGUGUCAUAUCGCUUGCAGCCUAGAGGGUUGACAAGGAACCAAGAGUUGGGAAGGAUAAGGAUGAGAGAGGACCAAGGAUUGAGAAGCCACGUCUUGAGAGGGCUAGAGUUGAGAAACCACGAUCUGAUAGGCCAAGAGCUGAGACUUGUUCAAGCCCCUUGUGUGCUUGAUGAAGAGAGCCUUCAAGCUUUGUUUGAUGAGCCACUAGGAAGGGCUCUAAAAGAAGGGGAGGAUGCAGCCUCUAAGGCAAGACCAGGAGAUAAAAGAAAAGAUCCACCAGCUCAGGCCCCUUCAGUCAAGCCAUCUCAGCUCACAAUGACUUUGUUCCCCACCAAGUUUGAAAAUGGGAAGAUUGAGUACAAGAUAAGGUACAAGGGGAGAUCAAGGCCAUUCUCUAGAGCCAAGGCCUUGGUGACUUCAGAACAGUCCAGGGACCCAACCAAGCUAAAGGAGCUUCUGUCUCAAGUCCUCACUAUCACCCUUGAUGGUGGGACUAGCUCAACCAAUGCCUAA